CCCUUCUAUGGUGACGCUACUACGCUUCCCGGAAGUGACUCCGCGCACACCCGGAAGUACCGGACGCCGCCGCGGGAUGUCGCGCGCCACCAAGCGGAAGCACGUGGUGCGGGAGCUGCUGGAGGAGCACGUGAUGCCGGCACCGCGACAGCGCGUAGUGAGGGUGUUGGGGACCCCCGGGAACAACCUGCACGAGGUGGAGACCCCCGAGGGGACGCGGUUCCUGGCCAGCAUGCCCCCCCGCUUCCGCCGCCACAUCUGGAUCAAGAGAGGUGACUUCUUGUUGGUUGAUCCCAUUGAGGAGGGGGCCAAGGUCAAGGCUGAGAUCUCCCUGGUGCUCCUGCCCCCCCACGUCCGCUUCCUGCAGCGCCAGGGGCUAUGGCCUGAGGCCUUUGCUGCAGUGGAGAGGCCGAACAGGGAGGGCAGCCACCCCCCUGAUGGGGACGGUGAUGGGGAGGGGGGGCUCUUCGUUAACACCAACCGGGUGGUGGCCGGGGCUGAGACCGGGGACAGUGAGGACACGGGGGACAGCGAGGACUCACGUGAUGAAGAGGACUCACGUGAUGAAGAGGACUCACAUGAUGAAGAGGACUCACAUGAUGAAGAUGACACACGUGAUGAAGAGCACACACAUGAUGAAGAUGACACACGUGACGACAAGGAGGACACACAUGACGACGAGGAGGACACACAUGACAAGGAGCACUCACCCCCAAAGGACACUGGGGGCCAGGCCACCAGGGCCGGUGGCGGGGGGGACAGGGGGGGUGUUCCCAUGGUGGCUGCUCCCCAAUAAAGGACUGUUGGUAGCACUGAG